AAUUUAAUCGUUUGAAGUAUGGGCUUAUAUAGGCCCAAAAUGCCCGAUUCAUAAGUUUCCACACAUGCUUCUUCUCUCCUCGCGGCAUCAUUUCAAUGGCGGCGCUCGCAAGGAUCGGUGGCCGGUACUUAAAAUCCGUCGGCGUAACUAACGCUUCCUCCUCAUGUUUCCUCACUCAACGCCGUGGAGUUGCCACUAAACUCUUCGUUGGCGGAUUAUCGUUUUACACUACCGAGCAGGGAUUGUCAGAGGCAUUUUCCCAAUGUGGUCAAGUUGUUGAAGCUCAAAUAGUGAUGGAUAGAGUCUCUGAUAGAUCCAAAGGGUUCGGUUUUGUGACGUUUGCUUCUGAUGACGAUGCGAGGAAGGCUUUGAUGGAGUUUAAUGGACAGCAAUUAAACGGUCGUGUAAUAUUUGUGGACUACGCUAAGGCGAAGCAAACUUUUGGUGGCGGUGGUGGUGGCUUACCAAUAGCAAGAGGGCCGCCUAGGCCAGGGGAAGCAGCUGCAACAACAUCUGAGCCAUUUAACAUCGAGUAACCGAAUCGAGCAACUGUUGUUUGUAAGAGACAUGAGCAAAGCUUUGGGACACUUGCUCUUGUUUCAUUUCAUGAUCUCUGAAUCUUUUGUUAAAGCAGAAGUAGUUAUCACUACAAAACUUUCAACUCUUAAAUGGAUCUUAUACUCGUAGGAUGUGUAUAUAUCGCUUUUUAUUACAGAUGAUGAUCAAUAAUGUUUCCAGACCGGUAUGAUCUGUUUCAGUUUCAGUUUCAGUUUCAGAACUUCUA